ACAGCAGCAGCAGCAGAAGACUCAAUCUUCGACUCGACUAACGGCCUCGGACUGGGCGGCUCCAUUCUAGCGGUGGUCGCCAUCCUCCUCGGCGGAGGAAUAAUGUCGUUCGGGUACCGGUUCCUGUACGAGACGCUAUUCGUCAUCGGCUUCGCGCUUGGAGCUGUUGGCAUCGCGGUGACUACCGAGAGUAUGCUGGUCGGCAAGUCGUAUAUGGUUCUGGGCUCCUGGAUUGCGUUCAUCCUCGGCGGCGCAGUGUGCGGCGGCCUGGUCAUGUGGGUGCACCCGAAGGGGAGUUUCAUCGCUGGAGUGUCGGGAGGACUCACACUCGCAGUCCUCAUCGCCAACUCAGCAGCGUGCUACGUUUUCCCCGGAAAGACUCAAGAGUUCUUCACGAUUCUGUGCGUGGUGUUCGGCGUCCUCUUCGCUGCGUUCGACCUGAAGCACGGUAAACCGAUUGAGGUCGUCGGGAUCAGCCUCUUCGGCGCUGCCAGCCUUGUGUGGGGCGUUGGCUUCUUCGCUGGCGACUUCCCAUUCCCGAACAACCUCGAGAAGUACGCAGUCAGGAACUCGAGCGGAGACUUGGUGUACUCUAUCCCGACUGUCUGGUGGGCGUAUCUCGGCAGCAUUGUGGUGAUCGCGGUGCUGGGCGCGUUCAUUCAGUUCCGCAAGACUGGACGCAAUGUGGCGCACGCGGGCAUUGAGGACGAGUUUGAAGGCUUCAACCCCAACGGAUUCGGGUACCCGAUCGACGCUGUGCCGUUCAUGGAAAACGACAAGCAGCGCCCGACGAUUCCAGUGCUGGGUCAGUCCCAGACGGCCCCCACGACACGAGAGUCCGACUUCUCGUCGUCUUACCCCGCACACGAGUCGUUCUGCCGACUCUACUCGCGCAACACGGAGGCGCAGUCGCUCACCAAAAUGAGGUCCAAGUUCUUGGAGGCAAGGGAACAGUCCUUGGCGACCAAGAGUCCGAUGGACAUGAGGCCAAGCGCGCAGCCGUCCACGUCGUCGUCG